AGAGGGAGAGGGAUAUUGAAAGGGGGAGGGGGUUCAUGCCAACCUCCCCCUCCCCCAGUUGUUCAGCUGGAGGCUGGAACUGCAAGACCCUGGGAACUCUCUGAAGGCAGGGCCUGGGUUCUCAGGUUGGUUCCUGGGGAAGGGUAUCGAUGGUGUUGGCACAGUCCCAUUGGCACAGGGGGUAGAUGGUGGGGGAGAUGCACGGCCCGUGUCCUCACAUUCUCCAGCUCUCCGACAAGCCCCCUAGCUGCACAGGAGGAUCCCACCCUCUCUCUCAGUUUCUGCUUUACAUUGCUCUGUCUCACACACUCCCACUGACUUUCCAUCUCUCUCUCUCACCCAUUCUCUCCAUCACAUCUCCCUCCAUCUCCCUCUCUCCCUCAUCUUUUCCAGGUUUAGCUUGGAGAAACCUCCAGUGUCCGUGAUUUCAUUACUUUUAACCCUGGAAUUUAUUUUGUGUUUUUCUGUUCCAUUUUCAGAGUGAAGAAUUUGAUAUUUACACCUUGUACUGCAUGAACUAUCCCAACUCUGUGUCUGUCCUGAGAGAAUGCAUGAAGAAUGGAACCCUCGCCAAAUUCUUCCGAGAGCGGCAGACAUCCCUGUCACAUUCGUUGCCGCUGGAAACGUACCUGUUAAAGCCAGUCCAAAGGAUCCUCAAGUACCACCUCCUGCUGCAGGAAUUGGCAAAACACUUUGAUAAAAGCGCGGAGGGUUAUGAGAUGGUGAAGGAGGCGAUCAUCACCAUGACAGCUGUGGCCUGGUACAUCAAUGACAUGAAGAGGAAACAGGAACAAGCUGUGAGGUUACAGGAGAUCCAGAACUCGCUGUUGAACUGGAAGGGGCCGGACCUGAUAGCGUUUGGAGAGUUGGUCCUGGAGGGAACGUUCCGGGUGCAGAGAGCCAAGAAAGAGCGGACGUUGUUCCUGUUCGAUAAGAUGCUGCUGAUCACCAAGAGGCGAGGGGAGCAGUACACUUACAACACGCACAUCUUCUGCUGUAACCUGACAUUAUCGGAGAACCUGAAGGAUCAGUUGAGUUUCCGAGUGACGGAUCUGACCAUCCCGAAGCGGCAGCACACUCUCCAGGCGAAGAACCAGGAGGAGAAGAGAUUGUGGAUCCAUUUCCUGAAACGCCUGAUCAUCGAGAAUCACCCGGCAUCCAUCCCUCAGAAGGCGAAACAAGUUCUGCUCGAAAACCAUUCUCACUAUGCGCCAGACAUUCCAAUCAGUCCCGAAACGUUGCUGAGCGUUCCAUCUUCUCCCCGAUUUGAUGAUCCCUUCACAUUCCAGCGAGGUCGGAGACAGUCAGAACCACCAGGGUUUAUAUACACCCCAGAGAGAACAAAGAAAAUAUUUCCGCUGCUGAACACAGACACUCCGCUUAUACUGCGCCGGGGCAGGAGGCAAUCUGAGCCAAGCAAACAGAGGCAGGCAGCGAUUGACCAGAGUG